AUGGAUCGCGAGUGGGGCUCCAAGCCCGGCAGCGGCGGCGCCGCCUCCGCCCAGAAUGAGGCCAUCGACCGGCGCGAGCGCCUCCGCCGCCUGGCGCUCGAGACCAUCGACCUCGCCAAGGACCCCUAUUUCAUGCGCAACCACCUCGGCAGCUAUGAGUGCAAGCUGUGCCUGACGCUGCACAACAACGAGGGGAACUACCUGGCCCACACGCAGGGGAAGCGGCACCAGACAAACCUCGCCAAGCGCGCCGCCCGCGAGGCCAAGGACGCGCCCGCGCAGCCCCAGCCCAACAAGCGCAAGCUUGCCCCCCGCAAAUCUGUUAAGAUUGGCAGACCUGGGUAUAAAGUAACCAAACAAUAUGAUCCUGAGACGAAGCAACACUCGUUUCUCUUUGAGAUUGGUUACCCUGAAAUCGAAGAUAAUUGCAAGCCAAGGCAUCGUUUCAUGUCAUCAUAUGAACAGAAAGUCCAAAGUUGGGAUAAGAGGUAUCAAUACCUACUUUUUGCGGCAGAGCCCUACGAAAUCGUUGCAUUCAAGAUACCAAGUACAGAGAUUGACAAAUCAGCGAGCAAAUUCUUCUCUUACUGGGAUCCUGACAAGAAGGAAUACCUGCUGCAACUGUACUUCAAGCCAAGACCGCCAGAAGCUCAUAAACCACCACCAGCUCCUCCUGGGACUUUGCCUAAUGGGAAUGGGGUUCCUGGUGCUCCACCAAGGCCACCGGGGCAAGCUCCCCCACCCCCGCCACAAGUUCCACCGCCCCCGCCUCCUGCACCUAUGGGAAUGCCCCCUAGGAUUCCUCCACCACCUAUUGGGGGUGUUCAACCUCCGCCGCCUCCACCACCAGUGGCAAAUGGUCCGCGGCCAAUGAUUCCACCACCGCCUAACUUCACUCCCGGAGCACCCCCACUGCGCCCUCCAAUGCAAGGCUUUCCUGGGCAACAGCAGUAG